GUUGAUUGGCAAGCUUUCAGGCUUGUAAACUGUUUAAUAUAUGUAACAAAAGCCGUCAAAGAUUGAGGAAAGAUGUUCACGUUCGUAAGUACCUGCGUAACUGCUUCGUGAUUCUGGCCUCAUAUCUGCGGCUGUCGCCACGCUCUGAGUGUCUCCUGGGAGUAUAGUGUGUGAGAGAACACCUGUGGCUCAGGGUCAUCGCUCUUGUACGGGUCGUCAACUCACUCUCUCCGAGGUAUAUGGAGAUGCACCAUAUAAAGGACGAAGUGCUGGUCAACCCGCGGAGUGAAUACCAGGUUACCAGGCGAUACCGUGGCAAGGUCAAGGCAGUCAUCUUCGAUUGGGCAGGGACGGUGGUGGACUGCGGCGUGAUGUGUCCGGCCGGGACCUUCAUGGAGCUGUUCCUGGAGGAGGGCGUGCCGGUGACCAGCGACGAGGCCAGGGCUCCCAUGGGCAUCCACAAGCGGGCACACAUAGGGAAGAUGGUGGAGGCGGAGGGGCUCCGCGCCCGCUGGUGUGAGGCCAAGGGCGCCCCGCCCUCCCCAGCCGACGUCGACCGCAUGUACGCCAAGUUUGUCCCCAAGAACAUUGCUGCCCUCCAUAACUACUCCUCCUUGAUCGAUGGUACAGUGGAGACUGUGAGUCAACUACGAGAAAUGGGUAUCAAGAUUGGUUCAUGUACUGGUUACCCAUCACCCAUUGUGGAGGAGCUGAAGGUCCUCGCUGCUGCCCAGGGGUACAUCCCUGAUGCCUAUGUUGCUGCAGACGAGGUGGCCCAGGCCAGACCCAUGCCCUAUAUGGUCUGGUUGAAUGCCAUCCGCCUGGAUGCCAGCCCCGUGGAGGCCCUGGUGAAGGUGGAUGACUCGGUGGAUGGCAUCCGGGAAGGACUCGCCGCCGGGUGCUGGACAAUCGCUAUUGCCAAAACGGGAAAUUAUGUAGCAGCCACACAGCAGGAGUUGGAUACGAUGGCCAAAGACGACCUGGAGAGGAGGCUAUCGCGAGCCUACGAGCUGCUCCAGGACGCUGGGAGCCACUACGUCGUCGACUCCGUUCGUAACGUGCCAGCCGUCGUCAGGGACAUCAACAGAAGACUGGCUGCUGGGGAGAGACCUUGAGGCAAGAUGAGUGUGUAGCCAGCCGGCCAAAGGCGUCCCCGGGACAGAAGGCUGGACCACUCAAGAGGAAGCGUAGUCUUGGCUAUAAUGUUUGGGUAGUUAACAAUCCUUAACAAGCUAGUGUUUCGGGAGUGUGUGAAGUUGAGGUGAUGGGGGAAUGUUACACUUAAUCUUAUUGUUAGUUUGAACCCUGCAAGGCGGUAAAUAUACACCUUUGUCCAUGUUCUAUUAUUUAUCGAUUUAUUUAUAACUACGCCUGUUGUAAAGUUGAAGUAUUGGCUAAAUAAAAUGAAACUAAAUAAA